AUGUCUUCCUUUUCUUCCACAGCAUGUCUACAGUCUUGCUUGACCGGAAAAGGAGGCACAGAUGUGAUUCUCACACACUUGGCCCUGGCCAGCCUCCUGGUUCUCUCCCCUGGCAUUCCUCACACUGCCAUUGCAGUUUUUGUUUUGAGGAAGCCCCUGUCCAGUCUCGGGUGUAAGUUUGUGUAUUAUAUACAGAGAGUGGCUCGAGGCACCACCCUGUGCUCCACCUGUGUCCUGAGCACCUAUCUGUCCUUCACUCUCACCCCCAGGAGAGCGGAGUGGGUGAUGCUCAGAGGAAGGGCCCCCAAGGUCACUGGCCCUUCCUGUUGGGUCUGCUGGAUGCUCAGUCUCUUAAUGACUAUCUUUGUUCCUGUGGCAGUCACUGGUCCACAGGACACAGGAAAUGAUACCGACAAUCAAGGGAAGUGGUUCUGUUCAUCAAGUCCCAAUGCAGCCAUUGUCCUCCUGUGGUCCACCUCGGAUGCCGUGUUUCUUACCCUCAUGGUCUGGUCCAGUGGCUCCAUGGUACUUCUCCUGCUCAGACACCACCAGAGGGUGCAGUAUAUUCACACCCCCACUGGACACCACAGAUGCCCCCCGGAGACCAGAGCCGCCCACACCACCCUGAUGCUGGUGGUCACCUUUGUCAACUUUUACAUACUGAAUUCCACUUUCAAGUUUUACACCACUAUUCUUCUGGAGUCUUGUCUGUGAUUGAUGCAGGCCACUCUUAUUCUGGCUUUGCUUCCCCACUUUUAGCCCCUUCCUCUUGAUCCUUACGGACUCUGGAUCCCCUCAGUUCUG